AUGAAGGUAUAUCUCAACAAGAACCCGCGGUCCGUGGCGCUCGUUUCCAAUGGAUUUGCUCUUCUAUUGAGAGACAUGCACGGGAACCCUGGUAAGGGGACCCAAUCGCGGUGCGUGAUCGAGUUUGUGCCCGAGUCCCUUGUUCCGCUACACAAGUUUGUGGAGGUUCGAGGAAUCGCCGGCGCAGAAUUGCACGCUUUCCUGGGAGUGACGUGCAUCAAGGGCCUUAUAUUUCUUGGGUUUGUCAGCGGCCGCUCGGAGGUCGGGUCCGUGAGGAUCAACGAGAAGAUCUUUAGAAUCACAGCAGCCACCUUUAUUUGUUUGAGCAACGACUCCUACGACUAUGUUCUGUUUGACGAUCGAGUCCACACCCACGAGGAUUUCCCAGAACUGCCAGUCUACUCAAUCGUCAAGCUUUUGGCCACAGGAACGUUCUAUUACUCGCCGCAUUUCGACCUUGUUUCCAGAACCCAGGAGCGAGGCGCAAGAGGAACUCGAUCGUCCUAUUCGCUCAAUUCCGUCGAGGAUUACGACGGACAGUUUGCAUGGAACCGCAACAUGAUCGAGAGUUUCCAGUCGUUUCGCAAUCGACUCGGAAAAGAGGAGCGCCGCGCGUUCGAGUCGGGCCAGUUCCUCGUCUCCAUGAUAAGAGGAUUUGCUCAGUCGGUGACCGUGAACGAAAACGAGGGACUCUUGACAAUCAUAUCGAAACAGAGCUGUCGAAAAGGGUCGUUGAUAUUUGGACCAUUCUGUGCUGACGACAGCGGGAACGUCUCAAACUUUGUCGAGACAGAAAUCAUCCUAACAAAUAAAGACUAUUGUUUUGCACUUGUCCAGCUCAGCGGCAACGUCCCGCUCGUAUGGAAGCUCGAAUCGCAGCUCGUGUCUACAAAGAUCGAGUUCCCCAAGUCAGAGGACGCUUCCAAUGUCGCUUUCACCAAACAUUUCGAAACACUCAUUCUCGAACACGGCGCCGUGCACGUCAUUGAUGCGUUAUCGAAGAGCGGUGACCAGCCGGAACUGAGUCGACGGUACUUGUCCAUGAUCCAGAACUCGGCGUUCUGGGGCGACCAGCUAUCUUACACCAAAGUGGAGGUGCCUAACUCGCUGCUAUUCAAGUCCAGCUACCAUUAUCUGUCUCCACUGAUGCACCAAAUUUCCGAUAUUCUAAAGACAUACGAAGCGUUCUGUUACGACAACGACUCCAGAACGUACAUCGGAAGACAAUCUGGCGUGUUGUUGGUGAACACACUGAACUCAACAGAGAGAUCAAACACUAUCCAAGCCGGUGUUUCUGCAGAAGUUCUGGACUAUUUCUUCAAGUUCUUGAACUUCACUCCGGGCCCCGAGUUCUGGAUCAAGCACCAGUUUCUGUGGAGCGAGAACGGAGCAACGUUGCAGAGAAUGAUCGAAGGUUACGUUUCGAAAAAGACUAAGAAUAAAACAGGCGGAAUUGUGGGGAAAGUGGCUGAACGGUCCAAGAAAUACGUUUCGUCUCCAUCGUCUGUCAACGUAUCCAAACAGAACCAGUUUGACAAGCUGCUUGGACAACGGGACUCGCAGUCGCCCGUGGAGCUGUACGACCCAAUUCAUGACUUUGUUCUUGCAGAACUCGAGAAGAAAGCAGACGUCUUUACUAUUACCAAAGACGUUCAAAUAUGGACAGGAACAUUCAAUGUGAAUGCCACACAAUACGAUGGCGACCUCACCUCGUGGUUCUUCCCGUACCCGGACAAAUACCAGGAGUACGACGUUGUUGCCAUUGGUCUCGAGGAAGUGGUGGAACUGAGUCCCGGAAAAAUGCUCAAUAUCGACGCUUCCAUCAAGAUUUUCUGGGAAAAGAAGAUUAAGGAGACAUUGAAUUGGUUUAAAGAAGGGUGUUCAUACACUCUACUAAAGAGCGAGCAACUCGGUGGUAUUUUGAACCUCGUCUUUGUGCAGGAAAAAGGUUUUGAGUAUAUUGGAAACGUUGAAACCAGUUUCAAGAAAACCGGGUUCAGAGGAAUCUCUGCCAAUAAAGGAGGGGUGGCGAUAGCCGUUGACUACUCGUCGUCCAUCAGGUUCUGUUUUAUCACAUCGCAUUUGGCAGCUGGCCACCACAACGUUGACGAAAGACACCAAAAUUACAAAGCUAUUGCAAACGGUUUACGGUUCAGACACAACAAGAGCAUCCGGGACUUUGACUGUAUUUUCUGGGUUGGAGACUUCAAUUUCCGCAUAGAUCUUCCUAAUGAAGAGGUUCGCACUCAAUUGGACGAUGUCCAGUACUCUCCUUUGUUUGAGUACGACCAGUUGAACAAACAGAUGGCUACUGGAGAAUCAUUCCCGUAUUUUGACGAGAUGGCCAUCAACUUCCCGCCAACGUACAAGUUUGAUCGGGGAACAGAUACCUACGAUACUUCUGACAAACAGCGGAUCCCUGCAUGGACCGAUCGGAUCUUGAGUCUUGCUCGGAGCAAGAACGUGGAGCUUAAACAGAUGGAGUACGGCUGUGCUUACGAUAUCAAGUUUAGCGACCACAAGCCAGUUUACGGCAUUUUCCACGCCAAAUUGGACAUUGCGGACCAGACGAUCAUGUCACAGAUCGAGAAACAGCUGUACGAGAGCCGCAAGGUGGAGUUUCUGGGGGUGAAUUCUCUGGUUCUUGCACAGAACAUCAACGAAUCUACUUUUCUGCUCCCGCACGGUCUGCCCGCUCCUUCAGGGAAGACCACUGGUUCGAGGUGGUGGAUCCCUGGCGGAGUGGCAGGAAAGAUCAAGGUGCGGUUCCCGGAGCUGGACAGUGGCGAGUACAUUGUGAACCCGCGACUGCCACCGAACCCGUUUACCAAAACCACAGAGGAAGACUUUAUUAAAAAACCAACAGAAUCAAAUGGCGUCGAGACAGACUAG